CUGCGCAGCUGCCAUGUUGGUUGCUAUGCUGCUGCCUGUCUGAAGGCAGGCUGGAGGAGAGGAAGGAGGGAGGCAGGCUCUGGGGUGGAGGAGGGGGAGGAAGACGGAGGAGGAGGUGGUGGCGGCGGCGGCAGCUGCUGCUCGUUCUCGGCCCCCCGCUCAGUGCAGGCAGGCAGAGCCCCGGUGUUUAGCCAGCGCCUCCCCACCCCCCAGCCUCGGCCCCACGGCUGCAGGAGAAGGAAGAGAGGGGAAAGCCUCCUUGCGGGGCGGGAGGGAGGGAAAGGUCCGGGGGUGCCUUCCCCUCAGGCAGAGAGGGGUGACUGCUGAGACCCCUUCCCCCCUCUCCCCUCCCUCUAUUGGAGGGGGUGCCCAGUGGGUGGGGAGGGGGGGAGGCUGCAUUGCCUUCCCCCCUCCCUCCACCUGCUCACCCACCCACCCUUGCCUUUCUGUCUGCGGCAGGAAUGUGGGGGGCUCUGAGUUGAGAGGGGGCGCUCACUGCAAUGGUUGCUGGAGACCCCCAUCGUAUUCGCUUGCUGCUGCUGCUGCUCCUCGCGGGGUGCAAGAACUCGACUGAACUGAGCCUUUUCUGCGUGUUAAAUUGAGCCUUUUGUGUGUGAGGUGUGUGUGUGUGUGUUGGGGGGCAAGACCCCCUUCCCACCUCCACUUUACCUUUUGGCUUCCCUUUUCUGGGUUGCUUCCUUGCUCCAUUAUCAUCCUCUGGAAGGACGUGGCUGUUAUAUGAAGACGUUGUGUGGACAGUAAUGACCGCACGUUUCCGAUUGCCUGCUGGCAGAACCUACAAUGUACGAGCAUCUGAGCUGGCACGAGACAGACAGCAUACAGAGGUGGUCUGCAAUAUUCUUCUUCUGGACAAUACUGUACAAGCUUUUAGAGUUAACAAACAUGAUCAGGGACAAGUUCUGCUGAAUAUAGUUUUCAAGCAUCUUGAUCUGACUGAAAGAGACUAUUUUGGUUUACAAUUGGCUGAUGAUUCUACUGAUAACCCGAGGUGGCUGGAUCCAAACAAGCCAAUCAGGAAGCAGUUAAAGAGAGGAUCUCCUCACAGCUUGAACUUCAGAGUCAAAUUUUUUGUAAGCGAUCCUAAUAAGCUUCAAGAAGAAUACACACGGUACCAAUAUUUUUUGCAAAUUAAACAAGACAUUCUUACUGGAAGAUUGCCCUGCCCUUAUAAUACUGCUGCACUCUUGGCUUCCUAUGCUGUUCAGUCUGAACUGGGAGACUACAACCUUUCAGAGAACUUCCCAGGCUACCUCUCAGACUAUUCCUUUAUUCCCGGCCAGCCUCAAGAGUUUGAAAAAGAAGUGUCCAAACUACAUCAGCAGCAUAUAGGUCUGUCUCCUGCUGAAGCAGAAUUUAGUUAUCUCAGCACAGCCCGGACCUUAGAACUCUAUGGAGUUGAAUUGCACUAUGCAAGGGAUCAAAGUAACAAUGAAAUUAUGAUUGGAGUAAUGUCGGGAGGCAUACUAAUUUAUAAGAACAGGGUACGAAUUAACACCUUUCCAUGGUUGAAGAUUGUUAAAAUUUCUUUUAAGUGCAAGCAGUUUUUUAUUCAGCUUAGAAAAGAAUUGCAUGAAUCUAGAGAAACGUUACUAGGAUUCAACAUGGUGAAUUAUCGAGCGUGUAAAAAUUUAUGGAAAGCUUGUGUAGAACACCACACUUUUUUCCGGCUAGACAGACCACUGCCCCCUCAGAAGAACUUUUUUGCACACUACUUUACUUUGGGUUCAAAGUACCGGUACUGUGGGAGAACAGAAGUCCAGUCUGUACAGUACGGUAAAGAAAAGGCAAAUAAGGACAGGGUAUUUGCCAGAUCCCCAAGUAAACCUCUGGCUCGCAGAUUGAUAAGCGGGAUGGACUGGGAGGUUGUCAGCAGGAAUUCAAUGUCUGAUGACAGGUUAGAAACUCAAAGUUUACCAUCCCGCUCUCCACCUGGAACCCCUAAUCAUCGCAACUCUGCAUUUACUCAAGAGGGAAACCGUUUACGGCCAUCUUCAGUUGGGCAUCUAGUAGACCAUGUGGUUCAUCCUUCGCCAAGUGAGGUUUUUGCAAAUCACCGAUCUCCUUCUUCCACCCAAGCCAACAGUAUCAUUCUGGAAUCAUCACCAUCUCAAGAGACCGCUGUAGAUGGGCAACCACCUGCACUGCCACCUAAACAAUCUAAAAAGAAUAGUUGGAACCAAAUUCAUUAUUCACUUUCUCAGCAAGAAUUGGAUAACCAUAUCAAUGAAACAUAUGAUGAUGAUUCUUCUUCAUCGCCUGAAAAAUCUACACCCAAUGGUGGGAUUCCCCAUGACAAUCUCGUUCUGAUCAGAAUGAGACCAGAUGAAAAUGGAAGAUUUGGUUUCAAUGUAAAGGGUGGAUAUGAUCAGAAGAUGCCUGUCAUAGUGUCCAGAGUGGCUCCAGGAACACCUGCAGAUGUUUGUGUUCCUCGUUUGAAUGAAGGAGAUCAGGUUGUACUGAUCAAUGGCAGGGAUAUAUCAGAACAUACCCAUGAUCAAGUUGUUAUGUUUAUUAAAGCUAGCUGUGAGCGGCACUCAGGGGAGCUUGUGCUCCUAGUUCGACCCAAUGCUGUUUAUGAUGUGGUAGAAGAAAAGCUGGAGAGUGAGCCAGACUUCCAGUACAUCCCUGAGAAGUCCCCACUAGAUGGUGCCCACCAGGAUGAUAUUGCUCUGAGGGAAUCGAUGUUUCAACUGGCAGAGGGGCUUAUCACGGGAACUGUCCUGGCUCAGUUUGAUCAACUUUACAGGAAGAAGCCUGGGAUGACAAUGUCUUGUGCCAAAUUACCUCAAAACAUUUCCAAAAAUAGAUACAGAGACAUUUCGCCUUAUGAUGCUACACGGGUUAUUUUAAAGAGUAAUGAUGAUUACAUCAAUGCAAAUUAUAUAAAUAUGGAAAUCCCUUCUUCCAGUAUAAUAAAUAAAUACAUUGCUUGCCAAGGUCCUUUACCAAACACUUGCCCUGAUUUUUGGCAGAUGAUUUGGGAACAAGGCUCAUCUAUGGUUGUAAUGCUAACUACUCAAGUGGAACGGGGAAGAGUGAAAUGCCAUCAGUACUGGCCAGAGCCCACCGGAAGCUCCUUGUAUGGGAAUUUUCAGAUCACUUGUCAUUCAGAAGAAGGAAAUCCUGCCUAUGUCUUCAGAGAGAUGACAAUGUCUCAUCUGGAGAAAAAUGAGGACCGUCAGCUUACUCAAAUCCAGUACAUAGCAUGGCCUGAUCAUGGGGUUCCUGAUGAUUCCAGUGACUUCCUGGAUUUUGUGUGUCUCAUCAGGAAAAAAAGAGCUGGCAGAGAAGAGCCAGUUGUUGUUCACUGCAGUGCCGGGAUUGGACGAACAGGAGUUCUUAUCACUAUGGAAACAGCUAUGUGUCUCAUUGAGUGCAAUCAGCCUGUUUUUCCCUUGGAUAUUGUGAGAACUAUGAGAGAUCAAAGGGCCAUGAUGAUCCAAACUCCUAGUCAAUACAGAUUCGUUUGUGAGGCUAUUUUGAAAGUGUAUGAAGAAGAACUUGUUAGACCUUUAACGACUUCGCUGCAUUAAUAGAAAACAAAAGAUACCUUUCAGAAGAAUCCAUACAAGACACUGGUGUGCCAUAACAUUACUUGCAAGAAAUGGUGUCUGAAAACAAUGAAGAAAUGAAAAGGACAUGGAAAAAACUUCAGCACUAUUGCACUUUAUGUUGAAACUGAAAAUUGGUCUCUAAAACACUAUGAUUUUUCUGUGUUGGAAGACUCUUUCUUCAUGCUUUGCUUCGAACAAACCAGACUUAAGGAACUCCAUGACUUUCCAGACAUCAUUGUGGUGCCAUACAGUCCCUUUUUGUUUGAACUGCUACAAAAAAAAAAGGCUUGGAACACUUUUCACUCUUUGGUUGACACCUAUGUCUUUUAAAAGCAACAACAAUACACACAAAGCCAUUUCUUCCAAUGCUAAAUUUUGCUGUGUUAAGAUCCUUGCUGUUUUGUUUUGUUUUUUUAUUUUGGUGAAACAUUAGCAAUAUUACUACUACUAGACACACUGCCUACUGAAGCAGCACAUUUUGCCCAGCGCCGUUCUAAGGAUCUAACCUGAUUAAUAGUGGAAAGCUACAUUUUCGUCUAACUCGGCAGUAGCUGCAUAAAGGCCCGUUUAACCAGCAUCUUAUUUAGGGUGGGAUAGGAGGGGCAUUUAUUUUUGACCUGGUAGCUCUGUUUCUCAGCAUGUCACAACAUUGGUGUGUUUUGUAACAUCUGACGACAUUACCUAAUGGGAAUGAAUGCAUGUGUUUUGUCUUAACCCCUUAAGUGCCUUGAGACUUACAGUGUAUGUCUUUAAUGACAAGGCACUUGUAUUGGCCCUAAAGGGGGAAGUAUCAUCAUUGUAACAUUUACUUUAGCAGGUUCACACUUUAAAGCAUGGCCCUUGGUGCUUAGAAUAUGGUACUUAGAAUACGAUAGGGGGUCACAGAAAUACCAUUCCUUCUCUUUCUACAAGUACCUGCAUGCUACUAUGGGUAGCUAGAGCACCCCAGCCUAUUAAAUAAGUAAUAAUUGUUUACUGCUAUGAAUUGAAGUGGGAAAUCUGACACAUUCCUUUCAACUGGUAAAAUAUUUGCAACAUCAAAUGUAAAGCCAGUAGAUAGUUUUAGAAUUUCUUUCUUUUAGCCUUCCACUGAGAAAAAAAGCUUUGUAAUUGAGUACGCUAUACCUUUUUGAUAGUUCUGAUAACUGUUUUAAAACUUCAAGGUAAGCUUUCCCCAUGAUCUGCUUGCCAGUUACAUUUCCUGAGUCCACAUUUGUGCUUUCUUGAGUCAUGUUUGUGCUAUACUGUGUUAAGACAAGACAAAAGGGGAGGAAGGUGCAUAAAAUGCCAUCAGCUUGUUCCCAAAACAUUUAUGCUUUCCAUAUGUUGUUUGGGAUCUCUGUGUACUUUUGUGCUUUUUUAUUUGUGUGCCUCUUUUUUUGAGGUCAUUAGCAUGUAUGCAGUUGGAGGCACUUAAUUGAUACAGAAUCUGAACUCAUUCUAGGGUCAUGUAAAGGUUUUUGUCUCUUUUUAUUAAAGAAGAAGAAGAAGAAGAUCUGAGACAGCUUCUUGCACAAUAUGCAUUUAGGAUUCAAUUGUUUCUUUAUGAAAACCUACACUGCCCUGUAUUAAAAAGGUUUGAAUAAUUACUGAUUUUUUAAAAAAGCAGAAUAUGCAGACUAUAGAUGACAAUAUGAGGUUUGUCUUUCCUUUUAAAAAAAAAAAAAACCACACACAUUUAUUCUCCUCUAUAUGUACUGGAAGGGGCUGCAAAUCUGCUGUAUAGAGUUUGUACCCAAUGCCCUGAAAUUGGUGGUGCAAAGUUGUAGCAGCUCUUCAUCAUGAUACCAAAUGAAAGAGAAACUUUAUUUUUUUCAGAAAAACAAAACCUCAUCUGCUGGCCUGUUUGUUUAUUUUCAAAGCAAAUCCAGUAGUCUCCAUUUCUGGUUUUGAAAUUAUUGCAUUAUUAUCCUUUUAAUAUAACUUCUUGAGUCAGUGUAGAAAUGAAUGCUAGUGUCAAUUCCUUUCACCCAAACUGUAGUUUCAGUAGAAUGAGGUGUAAUGGGCUUCUUAAAACACACACACACACACACACACACACCCCUCAGUCUCUAACUGAGCAUUUGUCCAGGGUGUAGGAAUACACUUUUGUCUGCUUUCACAAAUUGGAAUGAGUGCUUGAUAAACUGCUACUUUUGACAGCUUUGUAAUUGAAGCGGGAUAGUGGGUUCAAAUGUUCUACAUCAAUUGAUAAUUGAAGGAUCCAGUGGCUUUUAAUAGUUUGUUUCUGUUCAACACAAAAUGAAAGGCUGAAAUGCAUUUUUAAACUAUGUUUCAGACAGUUUCAGAUUACCCAGCACAAUGUGAGUAACUGCUAACAAUAUUGCAUUGCACUCUAAACCAUCCUUAGAUGUUAGUGCAAGCAAUGUAAAAUCCUUUUUAUAAAAAGCCUCCAGUAGUUCUACCAACCAGUCAGGUGGCAAAUAGGAAUAUAAAUAAUGCUAUAUACUGCAUAUUCAUAUUCUAUUUUGAACCGCUUACUUUAAAAAUGGUUUAAUACCUAGAGAAGGCUUUCCUGCUUUUAAUUUGGAAAUUGUUCUGUGCCAUAGUGUUGGUUAUUUGCAGGACUAAUUUAAGCAUUUGUAACACAUUAAAGUAAAUACUAAAUUACUGCAUCCAUUCUAGUGAAACACGUGUUACUAUUGCCAACGUAUGUUACUGUUGCCAACAUAUAAAUGAAAACAGCAUUACCCAUUUUAUAAACUUAUACAAGGGAAAUUACUAGAGAGUUGUAUAUCAUUGAAUUUUAAAUACGCUGAUUUUCUUAUGUGAGGUUGCCAAAGCAAUUUGAAUCCAUGAGAAACAUUUAUACCACGAUGUAUAGUUUUGUUGACAUAUAUUUUUGGUACUUAGGAUGUUAAUCUGACAUAUAGGCAAAAACAUUAGCUGCCUUCAGGCCUCCAUCUCCCCUGAUAUAAGCUGAUUUAGGGCUUGCUGGUUAGUGGCAAUGAAGAAAUAUGGAAAGAGAUUAGUUUGGUAGGGUAAGCAGCAGAUCAACAAGCCACAGGAAUUUCCCUCAAAUGCACACAUAGUAAAGAAAGGAUAACAAAUUAAAGCAUUAUCAUGCCAUAUAAGUGGAUCUUCACAACAUGCAUCUUCCCAUAGUGGUAUAAAUAGCCUUUUACAAGUAUUUUUAUAUGGCCUAAAAGUUAAUACUGUUCAUUGCUUUGCAUUGGGUUAUGAAGAUCUGUAUCAAGCUAAAAGGAAAAGGGAAAAAAAUAUUUUUUGUAUGUUUUUUCAUUCUGUACAAAACAUGAAUGUAUGUUUCAGGAAUAAUGACAUAUAAAAUGAUGGGUGUUAUGGAUGUUGGAUUUUAUGAAUAAUUAUUUUCUUACUAUUUGCUAAAAAAAUGGGAGAGAAAAGAAUCAUAUGUAACACUUCCUGUUGUUGUUGUUGUUGUUGUUGUUUUAAUUCAGGUUGUUUUAAUUGUAAAUAAGAGCCAUAGGGAAAUGGUUUAGUGCCAAUGUAUGUUUCCGAUGUAUGUUUUUUUGUGUUUUUGUUUUUUAUCUUAAGGACUGAAAACUAUGAUUAUUUAAAGUACUUUUGAAGGUUUCUAAUGCAGAAAUCUAGGACUCUU